AUGCAAACGUCGUUUUCCAUUAUCUUGCUUUACGUCUGGGAUUUUGUUUCUGCCCAGAUUCAUUACUCAAUUCCAGAAGAAUUAGAAGACGGCGCUUUCGUUGGGAAUAUUGCUAACGAUAUUGGAUUAAAUGCGAGAGAACUGUCCAUCCGCAGGUUUCGGAUCAUGUCAGCUGCAAAGAAGAGGUAUUUCGAAGUUAAUUUAAAGAAUGGAAUUUUGUUUGUUAAUGACAAAAUUGACAGGGAACAGCUCUGCGGCCAAACUCUUACGUGCUUGCAAAAUAUCGAGAUUGUUACAGAAAAACCAUUAAGACUGUACCGUGCUGAGGUUGAAAUACAAGAUAUCAAUGACAAUUCCCCCAGUUUUCCGCAGGAUGCGCUACGUUUGGAGAUUCUUGAAUCAACACCUCCGGGAACUCGCUUUCCACUACAGAGCGCGCAUGACCCCGAUGUCGGUACAAACUCUGUUCACACUUAUAACCUCAGUCCAAAUGAUCACUUCACGCUGAAUGUUCAAAACAGCAGUGAUGGAACUAAGAGUGUAUUUUUGGUGCUGGAUAAAUUCUUGGAUAGAGAAAAACAAGCUGUACACACUUUACUUCUCAGUGCCUUAGAUGGCGGGAUUCCAACACGAUCUGGUAAUGCCCAAAUUAUUAUCGCUGUUCUUGAUGCCAAUGACAAUGUGCCUGUAUUUGAUCAGUCUGUUUAUUGGGUGAAAGUGAUUGAAAAUGUAAUCGCUAAUACAUUAGUUAUUAACCUUAAUGCGACUGAUUUGGAUGAAGGCACAAAUGCAGAAAUAAUUUACUCUUUUAGCAGUUACACUCCAGACAGAUUGCAUGAACUGUUUAGUAUAGAACCUCAUACAGGAAAAAUCACAGUUAAUGGAGUAUUGGAUUAUGAAGAAGCCAGCGUCUACGAGAUUAACGUGCAAGCCAGAGACCAGGGUCCUAAUUCUGUUCCUGCAUAUUGCAAAGUUGUAGUGGAGAUUGUCGACAUGAAUGACGUCAUACCUGAGAUGACGCUGAUGUCAUUAUCCAGCUCCAUAACUGAAAAUGCUACGAUAGGAACGAUGAUAGCUCUAAUUAGCGUAGCGGAUCCGGAAUCUGGAGAAAAUGGCAAAAUUAGUUGUUAUGUUCCCAAUAACCUUCCAUUUCGGUUGAAACCGUCUUUCAAGAACUCUUACAUGUUGGUUAUUCGUGCAUUAUUGGACAGAGAAACUGUUCCUCAAUACACAAUUAAUGUCACUUGUUCAGAUGCUGGAUCGCCUCGUCUCUUCACCAACAAAAUCAUUGUACUGGAGAUCUCUGACAUUAACGACAAUGCACCACACUUCACAAAGUCAACGUAUACAGCCUAUAUAUCGGAAAACAAUACGCCCGGAGCAACCAUCUGCUCGGUUACGGCUUUUGAUUCUGACCUUGGUCAAAACUCUGAUAUUUCUUACUCUAUUAUGGCGAGUCAGAUUCAAGGCAUGCCUAUCGAGUCCUUUGUAUCAAUUAAUUCAGAAAAUGGAGAAAUAUUUUCACAGCGUUCAUUUGAUUAUGAGCAAUUUAAGAACUUUCAAAUCCACGUCCAAGCUCGAGACGCUGGAACUCCAUCCCUCAGUAGCAAUGUUAUGGUAAACGUUGUAAUCCUCGACCAAAACGACAACUCUCCUGUUGUCGUAUCUUCCCUGUCGAAAAAUGGAACUUACGUAAUGAUGCCUCGAUCAGCAAAUCCAGGUUACCUGGUGACAAAAGUGACUGCAGUUGAUGCUGAUUCUGGACAGAAUGCCAGAUUGAUUUACCAAUUGAUCCAAUCUACUGAUAGAACUCUUUUUACUGUUGCACGCAAUUCGGGAGAAAUCAGAACAAUGCGACUCUUUGAAGACAGAGAUUCAACUACACAAGUGCUCAUAAUCUUGGUAAAGGACAAUGGUCAUCCUUCCCUCUCCACUACUGUCACAGCUACAUUGUCGCUGAUGGAUAAGACUGCUGCAAUUAUGUCAGAUGUUAGCAAUCAACCCCAAGAUAUUGAGCAAUCGACGGAUUUCGCCAUCUAUAUAAUAAUAUCCCUAGGUACUGUCUCAUUCAUCCUUUUUUUGAUAAUAAUUGCGCUCGUUACCACAAUGUGCCACAAUAGCAAUGAUCACAGCGACGAUUGUUCUCUGAUGAAUUGUUGUUUUGGACGUGAGAUUAGAAACAAUACAUCGAAGCAGUCUCAGGCAAAUCCUCGGAUAGCGCCCAACGUUCAACCAACUACAAAUGUUAUGGAAGUUCGUGGAACUGGGUCACUCUCUGAGACGUAUUGCCUGAUUCGUCCAACAACUGAACGCGAGAAUGGGAACUGCAUACUUCUCACGCCUUUCGGUUCUGCAACACGUAGAAGCAAUAUCAAGAAUACUGACGUGCAUUUCUCAGAAUACAAUCAGCAAAAAAAACAAAAGCCGAAUAUUAUCAGUGAGAUCAUCGAGGACAAGAGAUGUAAACUGGUCAGCGUUUUGCUUGAUUUAUACUGGAUAUCAAUAGUUGAUUUUUUUUUGGAAGGUGGAGUGUUAAUUAUUUUGUAUCUUUGCGAAUGCAAGGGCGAAUUCGGACAGAGAAUGCAAGCAUUGUUUACAGUUUUCCUGCUUUGUAUCUGGAAUAUCGGUUAUGGUCAAAUUCGCUAUGCUAUUCAUGAAGAAUUGAAGCAUGGUGCCUUCGUUGGGAACAUUGCUCAAGAUCUGGGUCUGGAUGUGAAAGAGCUCUCCAGUCGCAGGCUCCGCAUUAUGUCUGCAGUAAGAAAACGGUAUUUCGAGAUUAAUUUGGAGAAUGGCGUUUUGUUUGUGAAUGAAGUGAUAGAUAGGGAGUACGUAUGUAGACAGAGUCCUGCUUGUUUUAUGAAUCUGGAGGUUGUUGUAGAAAACCCAUUGGAACUCUACCGUAUCGAAGUAGAAAUAUUAGAUAUUAAUGACAAUUCACCCAGUUUUUCAAAAGCUGAGAUCCAUUUGGAGGUCCUGGAGUCAGCGCCACCGAGAACUCGAUUCCUUCUUCAGAGUGCUCAUGAUCCGGACUUGGGCAUCAAUUCUGUCCGCAUUUACUAUCUCAGUCCAAAUGAACACUUCGCUUUAGAAGUGCAGAAUAGCGGGGACGACAGCAAGUUCGUCCACCUGCUUCUCGAGAAAUACUUGGACAGGGAACAACAGGCGAUUCAUCAUUUGCUCCUGACUGCUGUUGACGGGGGAUCCCCAGAGCGGACUGGUACAGCCCAAGUUAUCGUCACUGUGCUGGAUGUCAAUGACAAUUCUCCCGCGUUUGACCAGAUGCUCUAUAAAGCCAGUCUACUGGAAAAUGUACCGAUUGGCACUGCGGUUAUCAGAUUAAAUGCGAGCGAUCCGGACGAAAGCACGAACGCAGAAAUAGUGUAUUCCCUCAGUGACCUCACUCCAAGUCCUGUCCGAGAACUUUUUGAAAUGGAUUCUCGAACAGGUGAAAUCAAAGUCAAAGGGAUUAUAGAUUUUGAAGAAACCGAGACUUAUGAAAUUAUAGCGGAAGCCAAAGACAUAGGUCCAUUUGCACUCCCCGUGCAUUGCACUGUCCUCAUUGACAUCAAGGAUGUCAACGAUAAUGCGCCCGAUAUGACUCUGAUGUCAGUAUCUAAUUCAGUCCGAGAGGAUGUGCCUUCUGGAACUGUGAUAGCGCUGAUCAGUGUAACCGACCGAGAUUCUGAAGACAACGGACUUACUACCUGCUUACUUCAUCCCAACCUGCCGUUUGAACUCAAAUCGACAUUCAAAAAUACGUACACGGUGGUUGUCCAGCAGCCGCUGGACAGGGAAACCAUGUCUGAAUACCGAAUUGGAAUCUCUUGCUAUGAUUCAGGAUUUCCUCCUCUAUCUACGAACAAAACUAUUCCAGUGCAAGUGUCAGAUGUAAAUGACAACCCGCCACGUUUUGCAAAUGCCUUUCACACUGCAUACGUGAUGGAGAAUAACGCCUUUGGGGCUUCCAUCUGUUCAGUUUCUGCUUUUGAUCCUGACUUGGGUCCAAAUUCCCACCUUACCUAUUCCGUUUUCGACAGCCUGCUCCAAGGUAUGCCCAUCUCAUCGUAUGUCUCCAUCAAUUCAGAGAGCGGGAUCAUCUUUUCACAGCGCUCCUUUGAUUACGAAAAGCUUAAGAAUUUCCAGAUUUAUGUUCAAGUGCAGGAUGCUGGUUUGCCGCCGCUCAGCACAAAUCAUACAGUGCAUGUAGUCAUCCUGGAUCAAAAUGACAAUGCACCUGUAAUUGUGUUUCCUCUAACAAGGAAUGGAUCCGCAGUAACCAUUCCUCGACUAGCAGAUCCAGAUUAUUUGGUCGUCAAGGUAAUUGCCAUUGAUGCCGAUUCUGGACAAAACGCACGGUUGUUUUAUCAGCUUCUCGAUGCGACAGAUAAGAAUCUUUUCGCUAUGAGGAUUAACUCGGGAGAAGUGAGGACUACUCGUCAAAUUGAUGACAGAGAUGUUGCAGUACAGAUGAUGGUCGUACUGGUUAAAGACAAUGGGCAUCCUCCUUUAUCUGCCACUAUUACCAUCACGCUAUCAAUUGUUGAUAGCACUGAAGACGUUAUUCAUGCCGUUACAUUUAUGCCUAGAGUCCCUGAGUAUCCCUCUAGUGCAGCCCUUUAUAUAAUUAUAUCUUUAGGGGCAAUCACACUUACUCUGAUGGUUGCGCUAAUAGCUCUUGUUAUCACAGUUUGUCGCAGUUCAAGCAAUGAUGAGGACUGGUGUUUGUGUUUUGAACAUAGCGAUUCAGAAACGAUAUAUCGAAAUUCCAACUUAAAUUUUCACACCGUGCCAGACUCCAGUCUAAUUAAAAAUGUUAUUGAAGUACGUGGGUCUGGUUCUCUCGCUGAAACGUACUGCUAUACCCUGCGGACUGCCUCGGAAUCGGGUAAAGGUGAUUCCCAAUUCCUGACCCACUUAGGUGCAGCAUCCACCAGAUGCCAAUCUAAUGCUGCUGAUAGGUAUUUUUCAGACUGUAAUCAAAAAGAAAUGGACAACACCACAAUGUUUGCCACUGAGGUAUGCGAAGUCAGAGGUUUUGAAGAAACUAAGAAUGAUGUUGAACAUGGUGGAACUGCACACAUCCAGGCAAACACAGGACAUCAUCAUACUCUUUACUCGUGUCUUGUAGAUGGUACAAAGGCUUUUAGGGAGCCUGAGUGUUUGUUACAGUCCUUACAAGGUCGCACAUACUGCAGCACUGAGGAACUAAAAAGAGCGAAAGAGAAAUACCUAUACCGCAUAGUCAAGAAGAACGGACAGAGAAUGCUAGUGUGGUCUUUUAUUUUCCUGCUUUGUAUCUGGGAAAAUGUCUCUGGACAGAUCCGUUAUUCAAUUCCUGAAGAACUGGAACAGGGAGCCUUUGUUGGGAAUGUCGCCAGGGAUUUAGGCUUAGACGUGAACCAAUUAGCUAAUCGCAAGCUUCGGUUAAUGUCUGAGGCCAAUGAGCGGUAUUUUAAGGUAAACUUAGAUAAUGGAGAGUUGCGCGUGAAUGUUAAGAUAGACAGAGAGAAACUCUGUGGACAAAAUGCUAGAUGCGUGCUUACUAAUAACAUUAUCAUCGAAAAUCCGGUGGAGCUCUACAGCGCUGAAGUUGAGAUAUUGGAUAUAAAUGAUAAUUCACCCAGUUUCUCAAAUGAUGAGCUCCGUCUGGAGAUUGUGGAAUCAGUUCCGCUGGGAACGCGCUUCCUGCUCCCGAGCGCGCACGAUCCAGACGUGGGGACCAAUUCCAUCAACGCUUACCAUUUGAACGCAAAUCAACACUUUGCCUUAGAGGUCAAGAACAGCAGUGACGGCAGUAUAACUGCGGUCUUAGUGCUAACCAAAGUUUUAGACAGGGAAGCGUUAGCGAUUCAUCGAUUAACUCUGACAGCUAUUGACGGUGGAACUCCAGUAAGAUCUGGCACGUCCCAAAUUCUUAUCACUGUUCUCGAUGUCGACGACAAUUGGCCGGUGUUCGAGCAGGCAGUGUACAAGGUGAAGUUACCGGAAAACGUGCCAGUGGGUACUUUGGUUAUCAAGCUCAAUGCCACUGAUUUGGAUGAAGGUUCGAAUGGCCAAAUAAGCUAUUCCUUCAGCAGCAGUACCCCAUCCGGAGUGCGUGACCUCUUCAGUCUCGGGUCCAGAAUGGGAGAAAUUAGAGUCAAGGGGGUAUUGGAUUUUGAGGAGGAUAACUUUUAUGAGAUUAAUAUUGAAGCAAAGGAUAGUAUUCACUUUGCGGUUUGCAAAGUUGUAGUAGAGAUAAUUGACGUGAAUGAUAAUGCACCCGAGAUAACCUUAAUGUCAGUAUCUAGCCCGGUCCGCGAAGAUGUCCAGCCCGGGACUGUAGUAGCACUGAUGCGUGUAACAGAUCGAGAUUCAGGAAUAAAUGGACAGUUUGAAUGCCAGAUUCCGGGUGAGCUACCAUUUAAUCUCAAGUCAUCCUUGAAAAAUACAUAUACACUGACUAUCAGUCAUCACCUGGACCGAGAGAUAAAUUCCCAAUAUACGGUCCACGUAAUCUGCACUGAUGCAGGAUCUCCUCCUCUCUCAGCGAACAAAACCAUUCUGGUUCAGAUUUCAGAUAUGAAUGACAAUGCACCACGUUUUGCACAGCUUUCCUAUACGGUAUAUGUCCCCGAGAACAGUCCUGCUGGCUCAUCUAUUGGUGCUGUCUCUGCUUUGGAUCCGGAUCAAAACCAGAACGCACAUAUUGUGUAUUCGAUCCUGAACAGUCUGGUUCAUAACAUGCCUGCGUCCGCUUACGUUUCAAUCUCCUCGGACGCCGGUGUCCUCUAUUCCCAACGCCCCUUCGACUACGAGGAACUCAAAAACUUUCAGAUCCACGUGCAAGCUCAGGAUAGUGGAUUUCCGGUCCUUGACAGCAACGUUACCGUCAACAUUGUGGUCCUUGACCAGAACGAUAACGCACCCCAAAUCAUCUCCCCAUUGACCAACAACGAUUCUGGGAUCACUGUGCCCCGCUCUGCGGAACCCGGCCACCUCGUGACCAAAGUGAUGGCUGCAGAUGCGGAUUCUGGCCAGAAUGCACGUUUGACUUACCAGUUGCUGGAGGCUACUGACUCGGGCCUAUUCACCAUAGCACAUGGUUCAGGAGAGAUCAGGACAAUUCGUCAUUUCAUGGAGAAGGACGACCCCAUUCACAAACUCAUUGUUUUAGUUAAAGACAAUGGCCACCCACCCCUUUCAAGUACAGUAACCAUCAAUGUAUUAAUAACAGAUAAUAACGCAGAAACGCUAUCAGAUCAAAUUCCUCAAGUCCAUGAUGUCCGUCCCAAUUCUAACUUAGCUUUUUAUUUGAUAAUCACUCUAGCUUCAACCUCCUCCAUUCUCCUUGUGAUUCUAAUCGUCCUCAUCGUGACCAUGUGCCACUCUGAUAGAAGUAGGUCUCGUUGCUGUGACCUUUCCCCAUCCUGUUGCAAUUUAAAUCGGUGGCACACGGACGACACUUUUCCAAAUUCCCAUCUAUAUUUUCAAACUGUACCUGACUAUAAAGGAACGCCACACUUCGUUGAGUUGGUGGGUAAUGGGUCGCUCUCUCGAACAUACUCCUAUAAAGUUCGUCCAAAUCAGUUAUCAAGUAAAGGAGAUUUUGUCUUCUUAGCACCGUACAAUACAGCAACUUUGCAAAAUGACGCAGCCAAUACUGAUACACUUCUAGCAGAGUGGAGAGGAGAGUUAACGAAUAAUUGGAAAAAUCCACAUUCUGAGGUGGGACAAAUGAAUGCAGACUGGUGUUCAUCAGAACCUCACAUAGUCGGAAAGAUCAGUUCCCAGUGUUUGGAAGAAAAUCAGGAUGAAGUUAAAAGAGAAUUCAACAGAAGACACACAGCAGCAGCAGAUGUAGACUACAUUAAAGCAUCUCCAGAUCUGGAAGAUGGUUUACCUACCUGGGCUCCUAGGUUUGGAUCACAGCAUAUUGAAAACUUAGAACCCGAUGAGUACCAGUCUAACAUCUACAUGGGAGGCACUCCAGUCAUGCUGUCCAGCAAACAGGAUCAAGUUGUCAAGCAGGAUGGGCAGCAUUCUGCCUCGUCGACUAAAAAGAAGAAGAAGCGCACUAAACGAUCAGAAAAGCGAGAAAGCAAAUCUACCAAGGAGGAACCAGAAAAUGAGUAAUGCCAAUUGCCAUGACAAGCUGGUAACUCUCAGUAAGCAGGUCAGAUCACAAGUUAGGCACAAGGGUUCUGUAAAUUCAAUUUAAUGUCACAUUUGUAAAAGGUAUUGUUGUGUGUCCACAAAUCUUAAUUUGUUUGACUUGGAUGCUUUAUAAUUCUAGUUAAAGUGUUUUAUUUAGCAUUGCUCCACUUCUUAUGUCAAACAACUUUCAUUUCUUCUCUGUUCAACUGUAAGCACAUGAAAGUCAACAGCAAAAGCAAUGUGAAAAAACAAUCUGCUAACAUAGGGUCUAAGCCAACACCUUUUUGUGAAAUAUGUAUUAUUAAUUUUUACACCCUUAGUGUCGUAUCUCAAGGUCUGACCACAGAACAGUUUAACUGUACUAUACAUGUUUAAAAUGAAAAAUUAUAUAUGAUGUCAGUGAAUAUUGAUUAAAUCUUGAAAUAACCAGCUGAGGAAACAAUCAAAAUUCACCUGAGAUGAGUGAAAACAAAUGUACGCAAAAUCUGAAAGCUGUGUUAAGCAGUGCUUAUUUCCAGUGCCAAUGCAUAAAGAGUUUUAUUCCACAGGAAUCUGAAUGAAACAGUUCUUGAAUCAAUGCAUGUCAUGCCAAACUAGUGGCUGCAAUUUCUCCAUGUCUCAAUAAACUGUGACUUGGAUUGAAGAACAGCAUGUAUUUGCCAUUACUUUUGUGGUAUUUAAACAUCUGACAGUUAGAGAUAUUUUCCUCUCUAUGUAAAGUUAGAGAGAAUGAUCUGACUGAAUUAUUAUGAAAACUUGGAAACAAAAUGAAUGAAAUUUCUUUAAGUACACAUUCAGAGCAAAAUGCACCUUUGUGUAUCUGACAGAAUGGGGGAAAACAGCAAGCUGGCUUCAGCUACUCGCUUUAGCUAGGUUAGUCUGUUACUGCUUAAUAUUCAUUUGAAGCAUUUUGUACAUUAUUGACAUUGGAAAUCAUAAAAAUACUUCAAUUUUGUCCCCAUCACCUGUGGCCAACUAUGCAUUUUUGUUACAUUUGUACCAAAGGUGGCUUUCUUUCUCAAUCACUUCUAAUGUAACCUUUUAUGCUUAGUUUAUUUUCAGAUGUAUUCUGUUUUUGCAUGUGUAAGUAAAUGUGAUCCGGACAAUCUUUACCAUGUAUGUGUUUUUAAUGACUAAUUAUUUUAAUUCUGUAGUGUUAAAGCUUUCUGCAUACAGAUGAGUGUCUUAACUAAAGUAGCUCUUUAUUCAAUCCUCAAUAUCGGUGCAUCUACAAUUUUGUCACACUGUUUGCAACAAUGUGAGAAAAGAAUUCAGCCUUAUGGAGCUGAAUGCAAAUUCCUAGCUGGUGUUUUUGUUCAACAACAAAACCCUUAAAGUAGGUAAACAUCUCAGGCCACAAACAGGCACUUUAUCGGAGCUGAUACAAGCUAAAGAAGGAGAAAUUAGGAGGGUUAGAUAAAAACGUGUUAACAACAUAGGUUUUAAGGAAGAUCUGAGCAGUGACAGAUAUUGCGAUAUUGAGCAUUUUAGGAAACAAACUGCGUAGCUUAGAGUUAUGGCAGUUGAAACUAUGAAUCAUUAGUUGUAGGAUUUGCGUGAACAGUGCAGAAGAGGCCAGAGGCCAGUUGUUCCAACUGUUAUGGGACUAAAAAAUGUCAGAUAAAUAGAGAGAGUGAGAACAUGUAGGGAUUUGAAUACAAAGUAGAGGAUUUUAAAAUUGAAGCACUGUUGGAUCAAUAACCUAAUUAGAUCAGCAUUCACAAGAAUCAUGGAUGAAUAAGACUGGUUUGUCUGUAAGCAUCAGAAUUUUUAAUUAAAUGAAGUACAUCUUCUCCAAAUCAUGCUUCAAUCAUCUUCUAUGGGUACAAAAUGUAGUUUAUUUAAGAUUAACAGAAAUAUUUCCUAAUAUAUGCAACAUCCACACAACAAAACACAGUUAAAAGUUUUUGUAUUAACACAGCCAAGUCAACUCCCUGGGAAUUCAAUUACACCGAGAAAUGUUACGUGCUGUAUUGACCUGAUGCCAUCUCACUUCUCUUCUGUUUCCAUGAACAAGCCAGUUAUGUAGGAAAUUGUGACAUUUUCCAAGUAGUCCCAUGAAUGGGUGCAGAGCACAAUUUUAUUGGUUGCCAUUUUGCAAGAAUCCUGUUCCCUUCGUAAAAAAUACAUGAAACGGGAAUGUGUGUAGGCUGCAUAGUCCUUAAAUUCGGCUCCACUAUUCAAUAAAAUAAUGAUUGACCUUUUACUUCAAUCCUAUCCUAUGCACAAUCCAUUUAGAGUCUCCAUUCAAUUCUCCCGAAAUAUUCAUUAAUAAUAUUCAACCUUUUAUAACAUGUUUACUAUAACAUGAAAUUGGGAAGAUUAUCUCUAAUUCAUUUUAAAGCAAAAUAUUGCAGAUGCUGGAUAUCUAAAACAAAUACAGAGAAUGUUGGAGAAAAUCAACAGAUCUGGUAGCAUCUGUGCAGAGAGAAAGGCUUUGAAAUGCUUUAACUAAUUGUACUGCUAACUGAAUCAAGGGUGUAUGGACAGACAAAAUGGAGGAAAAACAGAAACUAUAAUGCCUUCUUAAAACUUAGAGAUGUUGUGCAUGCACAAUUUCAGCACAUCAUAA